AGAAUAUAAAUAAGGGAUUGCAAAAAGGACUUGGAAAAUUAGGAGAGUUGGAUCAUAUAUGCGCAGUGCUGACACGUAUAAAGGGCAUCUUCUUUCUGCUCUCAACCGGUGGUGCUUGCUUAUAAGCUGCGUUUCUGUUUCUGAGCUCCAAAACCUUGUAAAUCUGCCAUGUUUUCAGCACUUCAACUUGAGCUGUUGCUGGAAGUUGUAGGAAUGUUUGAUGCCUCCUUGGAUAUGAAGAAUAAUUCCUGCAGAAUAUUCUACUGUGCAUUCAGUGAAGUAUACAGAUGUGGAUGGUCAUUUUGUGCCACUUUCACAUUGUGUGUCACUCGUCAGUUAAGAAUAAAAGCCAUUUGCUUGGUUCCUAUAGAAAUGUAAGCAAAAGUUCAUUGUAUUGGCUGACUCAAGGCUGUGGGCUGACUGUAGAAGGUAUAUUCCACAGAAAUCACACUUCACUUCUAAAACAAAGUUUAAGUUAGCAAGACCAACUAAUGACCCUGGCCUUAGCCGCUAGUCCAAGGACCGAGUCAAAGUAGCAACUGCUACCUGCGCCUCUUAACAGCCACAUUCACAUGGCCUGACAACUGGCACAGUCCAGCCCCAACUCAUCCAUUGAAUGUGCUCUGUGUCGUGACCCAUUACCAGUUGCCACUGAUAAUGAACAGUCAGUAUCAGCCUGAAACAGUUACAGCAAUUGGAGUAGGCAGAAGCAGUCCAUGCUGGACUGGGACAUGCAAAGCAAUUGCAGUUCUUGGGGUGUUACAUUUGAAGAAUAGUUUUUUAUAGUAUUUGUUAUCUGUCAUGGAGUUAGCCAAAGUGCUGACAAAGAAAGAGCGGCGGCAGCUUCGUCAGCAGGGCCGAGUCCCACACAAGUUGAAAGAGCUUUCAAAGGCCACACAGGUUUUGAAAGUUGAUCGGAAGAAAGACAAUAGGACCAGGCAGCCAUGGAACAGGCCGAAAAAUGCUGAUGAUGGAGAUCCCUUCCCAGGACCGGUGCCACACUCCCACUCACAGCUGGACAAGUAUGACUGGGGCGAAGGGCUGGACGUGUCGUCCCUCCGGCCGGGCCCGCACCAGGCACACGCCCGGCGCCGGGAGCGGCUCACGGAACAGGCGCUCCAUGAGAUGGCCACCGGCGAGAUGCUGCUUCAGGAGGAGGAUGGUUUCCUGGAGGCGGACGAGGGCGAGGACACUGCCGACAUCAGCCAGUCGGAUCUGCGGGACGCCGUCGACAUCACGUCUGCCACCAAACAGUUCGAGCUGCGGCUGCGCCAGUUCGGCCCCUACUGCGCCAACUAUACGCGCAACGGCCGCCAGCUGCUGCUGGGCGGGUCGCUGGGUCACGUGGCCGCCCUCGACUGGGUCACCAAACAGCUGAUGUGCGAGGUCUCUGUCGGCGAAUCCGUCCAUGACGUCAAGUGGCUGCACAACGAGAACAUGUUUGCGGUGGCGCAGAAGGAGUGGGUGUUCGUCUACGACAGCCAGGGCACCGAGCUGCACUGUCUGAAGACGCUGCACCGGGCGCUGAAGCUGGAGUUCCUGCCCUACCACUUCCUACUGACCUGCUGUACGGAGCGGGGCCUUCUCAACUGGCUGGACGUCAGCACGGGCCGGAUCGUCACCCAGACGCACACACGGAUGGGCCGACUGGGCGUCAUGUGUCAGAACCCAGCGAACGCCGUGCUGUGUCUGGGUCACACGCGCGGCGUGGUCAGUAUGUGGACGCCCAACGUACCGGAGCCCGUGGCCAAGAUACUCUGCCACCCGCACCCUGUCCAGGCCGUCAGUGUCGAUCACACGGGCACGUAUCUGGCCACGGGCAGUGUGGACCGGACUGUGAAGGUGUGGGAUCUGCGCACCUACGGCUGUCUACAGUCGUACCGGCUGGGUGCGGGAGCCAGUCACCUGCAGUGGAGCCAGAAGCACCUGCUGGCAGCCGCUGUCGGUAACACAGUGGAGGUGUACCGUGACUGUAUCACCGGUACCCCUGAUCGUCCGUACCUGAGACACAAGAUGGCGGGCUCGGUCAGCGGGCUCCAGUUCUGUCCCUACGAGGACGUGCUCGGCUGCGGACACAGAAACGGCUUCACCAGCAUGCUGGUACCCGGUGCCGGCCAGGCCAACUUUGACGCGUACGAGAGCAACCCGUACCAGACCAAGAAGCAACGGCGUGAGGCGGAGGUCAAACAAUUGCUGGAAAAGAUUCAGCCGGAGCUGAUCACUUUGGACCCGGUCGCCCUGGGACAGGUGGACACCGCCACACUGCAGGAGAAGGUCCAGGCCAAGGAGAAACUAUUGUUCGUCAAAACGCCCAAGAUCGACUACACUCCCAGGAAGAAGACCAAGGGCCGCAGCAAAGACGGCAAAAUGGCCGCGCGCAAGAAGGGUGUUCGAGGCCUCGAACAACGGAAAUACAUCAAGGAGGCGAAGAAGGCGUCCAAGGCCCUUAUCGAGGCCGAGAAGGGCCCUGCCAAGGCGGCGACCGCGACCAAAAAGGCUGUGCUCGACCGAUUCAAGAAGAAAUCACUAUAGGUGCGACUUUCGACAUAAAACAAUGCUAUCUGUAUAUCGCCCAAGUGAAAUACAUUUUGUCGACCGUG